GCCAGCUCCAGAGACUCGCUUCAGGCCAAAAACAAGGUGCCGACCAUGUUCAUCCAAUCAAUUGUCACACGAGCCAACAUCAAUCAAGAAACAGCCUAUUCGCAGCGACGCAAAUUACAUGUUCUAUGCAUACUUCACUUCUGGCAGGUGCAUGCUACGUACACAAUACACACACGCUUCCCAGAACAUACUUGAUAUCGUCCUAGAUAGCAUCGUCAUCUUCAUCAUCAUAAGCCUAGCCCGCCUCGAGAUGCAGUAUGUUUACCCAUCACAACCAACUUCGAAAAUCGCGGGAGAGGAGUCUCUCUGGGCAUCGCGGGUUCGGAAGAAAGGAGACUUAUUUUUUUGGCCGAUGUUGCUCCACACAGUUUGUGUAUAUGCUCUUCGAAUCGGUGCCAUACGAUUUUCCUUUCCAUGUUCAGAGGUUGGUUGGGAAUCCAUUGGUGUGUGUAUGUUGUAUCCGAAGACUGCUGAAAUGGGACCUUCAAGAGUGCUACAUCUGAGUCGUACUGGCUGGCGACAGAGAGCGCAUUGGGAGAGGUAUGAGUCAACACGAGCGGAGCCCGAAGCUUCUGUGGGUGAUAAGCGAUAGUAUAGAGAGAGAGCACUUGGUGACACACUACUUUUUACAGUAUGUGCUACGAUAAAGUCAGUAAUCGUAUGCAUAAAUCGAUGGG